CACUUCCCGGUUCGCUAGAGAAGGAAGGGAACGAGCGAGGUCUUGCGCCGCAGACUACCAGAGCUCACAGGGGCCAUAUUUCUGCAUCUCUCUUCCUGCUGCCGCCUGUUCCCCAGACCGAGGUGCCCACCCCAUCUCUCCCACCGCGAGAAGACCAUGGACUCAGAAAAUGACCAGCUCGACGAUUCGUCAUUUGGCAACACGGAGACCAACGGUAAGCGCCCUGCUGAGGAUGCAGAUGAUGAGAAAUCAUUCAAGCGCUCUAGGAACUCGGAGGAGAUGGUUGAGCUGCGCAUCCUCCUGCAGAGCAAAAAUGCUGGAGCUGUAAUCGGAAAGGGUGGCAAAAACAUCAAAGCCCUGCGUACAGACUACAAUGCCAGUGUGUCAGUCCCAGACAGCAGUGGGCCUGAGCGCAUCCUGAGCAUCAGUGCCGACAUCGAGACAGUUGGAGAAAUCAUGCUCAAAAUUAUCCCAACGCUGGAGGAGUACCAGCAGUACAAUGGAAUGGACUUUGACUGUGAGCUACGUCUGCUGAUUCACCAAAGCCUUGCUGGCUCGAUAAUUGGGGUGAAGGGAGCCAAGAUCAAGGAGCUGCGGGAGAACACCAAAACCAGCAUCAAGCUGUUCCAGGAGUGUUGUCCUCAGUCGACAGACCGGGUGGUGCUGGUUGGUGGUAAAACAGAGAGAGUGGUGGAGUGUAUCAAGACGAUGCUGGAGCUCAUCGCUGAUGCUCCCAUAAAGGGCCGUGCACAGCCAUAUGACCCCAACUUUUACGACGAAACCUAUGAAUAUGGUGGAUUCACCAUGAUGUUUGAAGAGAGGGGCGGCGGUCGUAGGCUUAUGGGAGGGUUUCCCAUGCGUGGGGGCAGGUCUAGUGCAGGAGACCGUGGAUUCGACCGAAUGCCCUCCAGCCGAGGGGCACGCGGCCCCCCGCCUCCUUCCCGCCGGGAAUACGAUGAGAUGAGCCCCCGUCGAGGUCCUCCUCCACCACCUCACCCCAGUAGAGUCAGCAGGGGGAGCAGCCGUGCACGCAGCAUGCCCAUGGGACACCCACACAGAGGAGGAGAUGAUCGUUACUAUGACUCGUACCGUGGCUCAGAUGACAGGUCAACUGACAGAAGAAGCAGACCAGAUCGCUAUAGCGAUAGCAUGAGUGGAGGAGGAUACGACAACAAUUCUUCCUGGGAUGGCUAUCAGUCAGGUGGACGUGGCUCCUAUAGUGACAUGGGUGGUUCUGUCAUCACCACACAAGUGACGAUCCCUAAGGAUCUGGCCGGCUCCAUCAUUGGUAAGGGAGGCCAGCGGAUCAAACAGAUCCGCCACGAGUCUGGAGCCUCCAUCAAGAUUGACGAACCUCUGGAAGGUUCAGAGGACCGCAUCAUCACCAUCGUCGGCACCCAGGAUCAGAUCCAGAAUGCCCAGUUCCUUCUACAGAACAGUGUGAAGCAGUACUCUGGUCAUUUGAUGUAAACCCAGGAGACUCAGAUUGAAGAAGACUCAGACUCACCCCAACCUUUCUGCCCCCUUCAGACUAGUAUUCUGGAUCAUUUGAUUUUUAUUUUUGUAUUUCUUUCUUUUUUCUGAUGUCCAACAUUCCUGUGCAUAAAAUGUAGAUGUUCUGCAUUUUUAAGAGUGUAGUACAAUAGCUUAUCGGAUUCUCUUGCUUUUGUUUCUAACACUCUCGCAUCUGUCAAACUAUUCUUCAGUCUCUCAGAAAAUAAACAACCUUUUUAUUUUGGGAUGGUUUUGUCCUCUGUGUGUGUUUGUGUGUGUGCACGUGCUUCUUGGCAUGUAUGGGUUGGUGUGUUUUCUGUUUGUUUUUUUACAUCGGUCCCUUUACACACAGUUGUACCAUAUUACCACUCUGUGCAACUUGCAGAAUGUUAACUACAUUUCCUUUCAUAUUGAGUUUUCUUCUUCUUUUUUUUAAGAGAUGUGUAAAUUUUACCCUUAAGAUUUUUUUUUUUUGGGAUGUUUAAGUUGGGACUCCUGUACACACCAGGUCCUGGACAGUGGAUCAUUUUUAAGGAUAUUCUUUGUAGUUGUGUAGUGAAAUAAAAAUGAAUUAUCCUCCACAAAUGGAAACGUGUAGCUAGAGAUUAUGGAUUUGACAAAUGAUAUUGAACUUUAAUACUUUGUCCCUGCAGUUUCCUGUGCUCUAUACCUGUUUGCGCUCCAUGCUGUAGACUUCACUCUCUCAAAUUGUAAAAUGAAUAAAGAUGCCACUUUUUACUGAACAA